CGCCGAGCUGUGGUCGCCUCCGCCACCAUGGGGCAGAUCGAGUGGGCCAUGUGGGCCAACGAGCAGGCACUGGCCUCCGGCCUGAGCUGGUGGAAGUAUUAAAAACCCGGCUGUAUCGGCUCAUUCGUAAUCAUGCAAAACCAGAAGCAACGGAAAUGUCCCAAAGACGGGAGAGCAGUCCUCAUCAUGGGGGGCAUCGUGGCCACUGCCGGCCAGUUCACCAAGUGGUACUUUGGCGUGUACUCCAUUGGCGCAGGCGUGUUCGUCUGCCUGCUGGAGUACCCCCGGGGGAAGAGAAGAAAGGGAUCCACCAUGGAGAGAUGUGGACAGAAGUAUAUGACCAAAGUGCUGAAGGUGUUCGGGCCUCUCACCAGGAACUACUACAUCCGGGCCUUCCUGCACCUUGGGCUGUCAGUACCUGCUGGCUUCCUGCUUGCCACCAUCCUGGGGACAGCCUGCCUGGCCAUCGCGAGCAGCAUCUAUCUGCUGGCGGCUGUCCGCGGAGAGCAGUGGAUCCCCAUCGAGCCCAAGCCCAAGGAGCGGCCGCAGGUGGGGGGCACCAUCAAGCAGCCUCCCAGCAACCCCCCGCCCCGGCCCCCAGCCGAGGCCCGAAAGAAGCCCAGCGAGGAGGAGGCAGCAGGUGCAGCGGGCAUUUCUGGUGGCCCCCAGGAAAACCCGGUCCCAGUGAUCGACGAGGUCGUGUGACCCACGUCUCCAGCUGUCCGCCAUGUAGCCCCCAAAAUAAACCAGAGAGCAGGCUCCUGACUCUCCGCGUGCACCCCACUCCCAAUCCGGGUCCUCCUUCAGCAUAAAUCCUGGAUGGGCCACUUCUCGCCCUGUCUGCCUC